GUGAUUCAUUCGCAAGAUGGUGGCCAAUUAAACGAGACGGUGUCGUUUCGUACUGGAUUUGUUAAGAGAUUCUUUAGUGAGGAGCGAUGGCGCCUAAAAAGUGUUACACUCCGCAUCAGAUGGGGCUUGCUAUGGAAGCAGUGAGGAGAGGUGAAAGCUGUUCAUCAGCAGCUAAGAAGUACGGUGUUCCACGCAUGACGUUAAGAAAUAAAGUGACAGGAAAAAGUCCUGCCACUUGUUCUAUGGAUCCAUCGACUAUUCUUUCUAGAGAUGAAGAAUCUUUAUUAGUACAAUGGCUCUUGGCUAUGGCCGAUAGACAUUGCCCUGUAGGGAAAGAACAAUUAAUUGAUUCUGUUCAACACAUCCUUAAAACCGAUAAAAGAGAAAAUCCAUUCACUAACGAUAGACCUGGUAGAAAGUGGUAUAAUUUAUUUUUAAAUAGACAUCCAGAAAUAUCGGAACGCCUCUCACAAAACCUUACCACUUCAAGAGAAAACGUCAAUGAAAAACAAAUAAAUCAGUGGUUUUCGGAAGUUGAAGUAUUUACAGGACAAUCAGCUAUCAGAGAUUGUAAAGGAUCCAUCAAGAGUAUUCAAUGCAGAUGAGACAGCAUUUUUCCUCAAUCCAAAGCCAGGUCGCGUUUUGGUUAAAAAAGGAAACAAAAACAUAAUUAUACUCAACUUCGGGUAAUGAAAAAGAAAAUCUUACCGUUCUUUUCACAACCAAUGCAGCGGGCCAUAUAGCACCACCUAUGGUGGUUUUCUCUUAUGACCGUAUUCCAAGAGACAUUGCAGAAAGCAUUCCUAGCAACUGGGGCAUAGGCCGAUCUGAGGGGCUAAAAAGGCCACUUUUGAUGAAUCAUAAUAGGUUCCUAUUAGGAAUUGAAUUCCAAAUCGUAAAAUGGCCACUUUUAGAUUUUCAUAUUUCAAUUCAUAUUACGAUUCAUAAUAUGAAUUGCCCAUUUUGACAGUUCUCUAUGGAAAGUCGUAAAAUGGCCAACUUUAAGAUGAAUUGCAAACGUCAAAUAGCUGAAUUCUUAGAAGUUAGUCAAGAGCAUCUAUUUUCAAUUCAUCUUGAAAACGCGGGAAAACGUAUUUGAAAAAAAAAUCAAGAAAUUAAUAAAUAAUGGCGGAUUUAGGCUUAUACCGCAUGUACCUAGAACAUGCCCGUGUGGAAGAGCGGAUCCGGUACCAGCAGCAAUGCAGGUUCAUGCGAGAACAAGAGCUGGCAUUCGAAAUGCCAGACUCGGAAUUCGUCAAACAUUUUCGCCUUAACAAAAAUGUAUGUUUUGAGUUAACAUCUGAAAUAGAGCCCUACCUGGCAGGGUCUCGGGGUGGUAUAAGCCCUAUUUCAAAGGUGUUAAGUACGCUGAGUUUUUAUGCCUCUGGGUCAUACCAGAGGUGUAUAGGAGCCAGUGCACACGUCUCUAUGCAUCAGGCCAGUGUCUCCAACUGCAUUAGAGAGGUGACUCUGGCCCUAAACCACGACCAUUUCCGGCAAAAAUAUAUUCGGUUUCCUCGGACUCGGGGAGAUCGAAGAGUUAUAAAGCAGGGGUUUUACCAGAAAUUUGGGAUGCCCGGCGUCUUAGGUUGCAUCGAUGGUACCCACAUUGCAAUAGUCAAACCGACACAAUAUGAACAUCGGUACUUUAAUCGAAAAAGGUACCAUUCCAUCAACGCUCAGAUAGUAUGUGAUUCGGAGUACAAUAUUUUAAGUGUUGAUGCUGGCCAUGGUGGAGGAGAUCACGAUGCCUUUGUGUGGAACAACCACGCACUGAAAGCCCACCUCGAGCAAUUAAACCAAACUCAAAACGAAACGGUGUGGUUUUUAGGCGAUUCAGGCUAUCCAUUGCGCCCAACAGUGAUGACACCAAUUAACAUAGAGCCCGACACCCCCCAGCGACAUUACACGGACCUGCAUUGCCGGGUGCGUAACACGGUGGAGCGCACAAUUGGAAUAUUGAAGUCCCGUUGGCGUUGCCUCCUGGUCGAUAGGAAGCUGCAUUACCACCCGGUAACUGCAGGACUUAUAAUAAAUGCGGUUGUAGUACUGCAUAACAGCAUAACAUAGCGAACCAGGCUAGGCUCCCAGUUCAUGAAUUAUCUGUUGAAGAGUGGCAAAAUGAAGCUAAUAUGCAGAUAGCUCACACACAAGCUACUUCAAGCAAUCAGCUAUCAGCCGGCGAACAAACGCGAAAUGCUGUAAUCGCGAGGCUUUGGUCAGCGCGAUAGGAUCAUACAUAAAGUCACGUCUAUAAUCCGAAUGAGGUGGGCAGAGCCACAAGUUUUCACUAAAAUAGGUUGGUUGUGGUGUAUGGGCUAGUACCUAACCCAUUAUGUUGUGUUAAAUUCAAAACUCAUGGCACGGCAUACUAAACUAAUAAAGGAACCCGAAGCCCAGUUGCACUUGUUAAUUGAUAUCGAUGAACAAAAUUAAGGAAUGUUGAAACUUUAAAAAAUAUCUUUAAUUUGAUAAAUAUGUUUCUAAUGCAUUAGCUAUUCGGCCAAGAUUUUGGCCUAUAAGCUUGAGGGCUUCGGCUUGGGCUGCAUCAGCUGCUGCUCGCUGCUUUUCCACUUGUGACAGAAUCCUUCUCGCCUCAUCAAGGGGAGCCAGCGGUCGACCUAAAACAAUUUAUUGUGUCAGUGUACUAGUAAUAUUACGAAUUUACCAUCACUGUUAAAUUUAUUUGGUUCUCUGGUAAGUAGGAAUUAAAAAAAAACAGAAUACAUACAGCUGCUUACCACCACUAUCAAGUAGUAAAAUUGAACUAGGAGGGUAUGUUUAAACUAAAAUAUGAUGCAAAUUGUAUCAGUAAUAGGCUGACUACCCAUACCAUAACAAGUGUAUCACAUUAAUCUUAGGACUUCGAAUCAUAAGUGGCUGCAACCUGUCUUAUUAUAAAUUGUCACUCUGCCUACCCCUUACAGAUCAGUGUGCUUUAUAUUUAUAAGUAUAUACAGCAGCAGUAUCAUAGUUAUAUACACAUACUUCGGUAUCUGUAUCUGCUACGGCGAGUUUGACGUGGCAAAGUUGGCACUCCACCACCAGUUGCUCCACGUUCUGCAGCAUUCACAGGUGGACGUUCUGAAGCACCGGCAGUUGAAGUAUCGACAGCUGCCUCAAUAGCAUCGGUAGGGAGAAACAGCCUCGGAGCAGAACUGCCACCUGGAUCCUCGAGAUACUCGGUUUCAAAUUCAAUCUGCUCUCUGUAAAAAAAAUACCAUAUUGUAACAAAAUCCAAGUACAAUGUAUUAUGUAACUAUUAACGAAAAUAAUUUUUAAAUAUAGAGAAUAGUUUAGACAAUUAAAAUUAUUAGUAAUUCUA